AUGACGGUGCGUUAUGACUGCUUGCGUCGGUUCUGUGUACAGCAUCCAUCGCAGCAGACGUUGAGACGGUAUGAUGAUGAUGAUGAUGAUGAUGAUGAUGAUGAUGAUGAUGAUGAUGAUGAUGAUGAUGAUGAUGAUGAUGAUGAUGAUGAUAAUGAUGAUGAUGAUGAUGUAGGAUAGCGACGGGGGAUUUGGAGCAUCGUUAGGGUUGUUUAACGACAUGGAGACGGGACACAGAUGGACGGAUAGGCAUCAUUCGGUGUCUUCUGAGUGCUUCAUUUGGUCUUAAGAUGUCCAAAAGAUCGAUUUGUGCCUGGAAUGUCUGCCGACACUGUGGGUAUACUGGGGCGGUUGAGGGUUGGAGUUGUGAGGUUGUGUUAGUUUGGAUUUUCGACCUUUGUGUUUGACUUUGGCGUCAGUGACACGAUUGGCUUCGUAGAUCGCUGCGCUCGUCCUUGCUGUCCUUUUUCAGUAUCAGUACCAGUAUAUUUCAGGGAAAGUAGGUGUGUACCUUUGAAAUCCCUAUUGGUUACAUGCAGAGGAUAUAUAUGGAGGAAAUGGAAAGGAAAUAACAUGAAAGAAAUGCGAGGGGAAUAGCAAAAACUGUACAGAUAAACACAGAAUGUCAUGCGUUAACAGAAUUUAGGGUCACAUUAACUUGCUUUGUUGAUCAAAUACAGCGGAAAGUUGACACACACUUAAGAUACGGGAAAGGAAGGAAAAUUGUUUGGUCUACAGGCAUCGUGGUGAAUGCGAACAGCGGUGUGCGACGUGGCCCAUGCUUAAUAACUUACAUAAACAUAUAUUACAUCGUUAUAACACUAAAUUCUCAGUGUUGGCUGUCAAGGUGGCCGUAGUCUGGCCGUAGGACGGUCUAUUUUGGUUGAGGUCUUUGCAGUUAGCCGGGUUGAUCUGACGACGUUUCAGGGGGUCUUCAGAGUGUCCUUGUAUCGACGAAUUUGUCCUCUUUGGCUGCGGGAACUUGUGGCGACAUCUCCCUUAGGAGAGUCCUUCGGGUAGCCGCUCAUCCUUCAUCCACACGAAAUUGCCACUCAAAGGCAAUUGUAGGUUUUCCACAAUGACGUGAAUGCUGAAGUUUCCGAUCCGCUCGAGGACCUCAGUGUCCGAGAUCCGGUCCUGCCAUCUCAGUUCCAAAGCCAGCUAAGGUGGCAGCGGUUGAGCGUACGCGCCUGCUUCUCGCUCACCGUCCAGGUCUCCGCUCCAUACGGCAGCGUUGGCAGUAUGACUGCCUCGUACAGUAGGUGGGCUAACUCAUGAAAUGUCAACCGAAAUUCCAAAAUGCGUUUUCGUUUCAAAAAAAUUAAUCAAUCAAGGUCUUAAAAAUAAUCGUCAUUCUGCGUAAUUCUAUAAUACUUAAGUUCCCGCAGGAUGCCGGUUUCCGAACGAACUUCUUUCCCGCUGCAUGCAAAAACUAUACUCUGUAGAAAAUGACCACUUAAGUUACAUGAAUCUGUCUCAUUUAUUUUCGAUGCCCUAAGAAACCUAGCUCUAUUUCAUGGAAAACAUGCAUAAAAAUAUGCAUUCAUUUAAUCAUUCCGUAGACAAUGACGUCUUUUUCCAAUUUUUAUACUUGACGGAGAGAUAUAAUUCGGUUUUCGAAAACAUUUCCAAUUCCCGAAUAAUUUUGAAGGCCGGCUUACCGUUACUUGCAUUCAGGAUUUCCAAAUCACAGGCGGUAUAAUUUCCGCUUACGUACAAACCAUACAUUUCUUUCCAUUAAUAAAAGAAGACCAUAAGUGGUUCAUAAAAUUUGGCAGUGGAUUUGAGCCAUAUUGUUAACUUCACAAACCACACUGGUAAAUGCAAAGACAUGAUGUUUUAUUAACGGCCAGUUCACGGUAUCAAAUAUUUCCACAAUUAAAAACUUUUUAGAACUGAAUUUUACCUUUCUUGGAGUUUAAAAUUAAAAGAGGAUGUGAUUUUUUACCGAAUUAGCAAGAGAAUGAAUGUUUUUAUGCACAUUUUCCAUGGAAUAUAAGUGAAUGUUUAAGGACAUACAAAAUCAAUGAGAAAAAUGCGUGCUAUAUAAGAAGUCAUUUUUGUUGGAGUAUUCUUUUUGAAUGCAGCCAGAAAGAAGUCCGGUCGAAGGCCGGCAUCCUAAGGUAACUGAAUUAUUGGAGAACUAUGCUGCAUGCUGAUUGGUUUUACGACCCUACUUAAGUAAUCCUUUCGAAACGAAAACGCAUUUGGGAACUUCGGUUUACGUUUCAUGACUUAGCCCACCUACUGUACAUCUUCAGCUCGAUGUGAAGGUGGAGACCGUGUCGAUUCCAGACGGUACUCUGAAGGCCACCGAAGGCUUGGCUGGCUUUGGAGAUCCGGCGGGCAGUGGGGUGCAGUGUAGGCAGCGUUGGGUGGCGGUUGAUGCAUGA